AUUCAAUUGAGUUUUGAUGGAGCAACCUUUACUACAACAAGAUCAACAUUAACAAUGGAUAAAGAUUCAAUGCUAUCUGUCAUGUUCCAAAAGAACUCUCCAUUCAAAAAGAUGACUAGAGAUUUUAAUCACCCAAUGAAACCAUACUUUGUAAUGAUGGACAGAAAUCCACAAUACUUUGAACCAAUUUUAAAUUAUUUGAGAUCUGGUGAGCUAGUAAUUAAUAAUGGUGUAAAUAUUAGAGGAGUUCAUUUGGAAUCUAAAUUUUGGGGACUUGCUGCCCUCACAGAAGAAAUUGAAAAACUAUUGGAACUGGAACGAUUGAGUGAAAUAAGGAAAAAUUUACAUGAUAAUCUCGAAUGUGAAUUGACAAGACAAGAUAUAAUCAAAGCAUUAAUGAACUGGUGGAUUGAUAAACUCCAAGGAUUAAAUCUUCCAGGUAUAGAUUUGAGUGGACUAGACCUGUCAAGUGUAAACUUUUCCAAAACAAAUCUCAAGAAUGCCAACCUUUCGCGAUGCACUCUCGAUUUCUCAGAGAUGAGAGAAACCAUCAUUGAGGGUUGUAACUUUUCCAAUGCCCACAUGUUCAAAAUAAUUAUCAAGAAUGCCAAUUGUAAAAAUGUAAAUUUCAGUGGAGCCUCACUUCGAGGAGCUAGUAUUACACAUUGUGAUAUGAAUGGAGCCAAUUUCAACUCAUCCGAUUUAGAACUUGCAGAUCUAUCCAACUCCAACCUUAGAAAUGCUGAUCUCUCAGGCGCAUCAAUGAAAGGAGUUCAAUUGAAAAACUGUGUCACCACAAAC